ACUACUUGAACGUAGUUUGUUUCAUUAGAGAACUGCUAGCACUUCCUUGCUACAACUUACCAUCCGAAGUUUUACAUUCAAUAUGAUCCUUUACGCUAUCGCGCUGCUUCCAGUGAUUGUGUUUCUUGCACUAAAAUACGUCUACUCUUACUGGGAUCGGCACGGAAUCCCGAAUUUGAAACCAGAAAUUCCUUAUGGCAAUCUUCGAAUUUUGGCAGAAAAGAAAGAAUCGCUUAAUAUUGCCGUUAACAAUUUGUACACUCGAUCGACGGAUCGACUCGUCGGUGUGUAUCUGUUCUUCCGUCCGGCCAUUCUCAUCCGCGAUGCACACCUUGCCAAACGUAUCAUGGUGAACGAUUUCCAGCAUUUCCACGACCGUGGUGUGUACUGCAACGAACACGGUGAUCCCAUGUCUGCCAACCUGUUCGCCCUCCCCGGCCAACGAUGGAAAAAUCUCCGCGGAAAACUCACACCAACGUUCACUUCCGGCCAGCUGCGAAAUAUGCUUCCCACGUUUCUGGAUGUUGGCAAAAAACUGCAACAAUUUCUCGACAAUCUAGCGAUGGACCAUCAGAUUGUGAAUAUGCGCGACAUUGUUUCACGCUACGUGCUUGAUGUGGUGGCGUCCGUGUUUUUCGGCUUUGAAGCGAACUGUCUACACGAUCCGGACGAUCCGUUCCGGGUAGCGCUGCGGGAUUUAACCAAUCCGGAAAGCUUCCUCAACAACAUCCGAUCGGCUGGUGUGUUUCUGUGUCCCGGAUUGCUUAAGUUCACGGGCAUUAGCGCACUAGCGCCAGCGAUGAAAAAGUUUACGAUGGAAGUGAUCAGUUCCCAUCUGCAUCAGCGUGAAACGGGCCAGGUAACAAGGCGGGAUUUCAUCCAAAUGCUAACCGAUCUGCGCCGCAAGGCGGGAAACAAUGCGGAAGAUUCGCUCUCCGAGGCGCAGUGUGCGGCCAAUGUGUUUCUGUUCUAUGCUGCUGGUGCAGACACUUCAACUGCAGCUAUUUCGUUCACGCUGCACGAGCUUACGCACAACCCGGAAGUGAUGGGCAAAGUGCAACGUGAGAUUGAUGAGAUGAUGAACCGUUCCAAUGGUGAAAUUACGUACGAUAAUAUCAACGAGCUGAAGUAUCUGGAUAUGUGCAUUAAAGAAACGCUCCGAAUGUAUCCUGCGCUAGCUGUACUUAACCGGGAGUGUACGAUCGACUAUCCAGUCCCUGAUAGUGACAUUGUCAUUCGCAAGGGGACACAAGUCAUCAUUCCUCUGCUGGGCAUCAGUAUGAAUGAGAAAUACUUCCCAAAUCCAGAACUCUAUUCUCCCGAGCGAUUUGAUGAGGCCACAAAGAACUAUGAUGCAGACGCGUACUAUCCGUUCGGUGUUGGACCACGCAACUGUAUCGGUCUACGGCAAGGACUUCUGCUGUCAAAGAUUGCUCUAGUACUGAUGCUCACAAAAUUUGUCUUCUCUGCCACCAUACCGCGAAAGCUUUGCUUUGAACCUGUCGCUGUCACAUUGGCACCGAAAGGAGGAUUUCCGAUGAGGAUUGAAAGAAGAGCGUGACAAAAUAUAGUGACUGUGAUAUUUACCGUAAAUCAAAUGAGGUGACAAUUGUGGUCAAACCUGUUAAAGAGGUAACAUGCAAUGUCAGCCGUAGGUUAAGUUAUUUGCCGUAAAAGUAAUUAUAAUUUUAUUUUAAUGUCACUUCACUACCUUUUUCACCAAUAAAAAGUUAACCUAUCUUGGGUCAAGGUAAAAAAAAACUGCCGCGACAAUCGAA